GUGCCCGCUGCUACAGUCUCGUAUGUGCUUUAUUUUAUUCUCAUGGCUACUUUUUAUAACGUUGCUUAGAGCGAUUGCUGCCUGUCGUGUGUUCAUUCGCCUCGAUGCAUAUAAGAAUAGCAACAGCGAAAAAGUUCGCAAUAACUCGUUGGUUAAUCACGAUUCCGCCUCUCCCUUUAGCCCUGGAAGUCCUAUUUCACCGCCGGGUCUCGUCAGCUUCUUGCCCUUGCCCAGUCAUAAGACUAUGACACCGGGGAGUCGCGCCACUAUAGGCACUAUGACGACGCAUGUGUUAGGCUCAUCACAAUCGGCCAGGAGCAAAUCACCUUACGAGCGCGACAGCGACCCCACUUUGAUCGACUAAGACUCAAGGUAUCCUGGUCCUUACGAGGACAGGCGUUCAACCACUCGAUUUUCACGGUAUCUCCGCUUUGGCUCAGUUGUUUGGAUGGACAGUGCUUUUGUUACCGUUUUUUUUUCCAUAGUUUGGAGGUCGUAAUUUGUAAAUGUAUGUCUGUAAUCAAGUUACCUUGCUCGCAAAAGUUUCCCUUUGUCUCCUAUAGUCAGGCCUUGAUAGAAAACAGCCGAGGGCGUCUCUGAAAUGGCCGGUCUUGGCGCAAGUCUGCAU